AUGGGAACAUGGAGCCUUUUCAAGAAGAUUCUUAUGACCAAGAAGAAGAAGUCAACUAUGUUGGUGCUCAAGGAUACUACCAAAACCGAGGCCGACAAGGCUCAUAGAUGGUUAAAGUCUUUACCUCCUGGAUCGAUUACUAGCUGGGAAGAAUGCAAGUCAGCCUUUCUUAGCCACUUCUACACCAAGUCUAGAUCCAACUCUCUUCGCAACAAGCUAGGAUUACACCCUAAGUAUCAACUAUCACUCGACAACCUUUCUGCAAGUAGUAGCAACACUUGCACCAAUUUUGAUAGAACCAUCUGUUCUAGCAAUUCCGACUCUAAGGAGAUUGCUGACCUCAAGAACAUGAUGAACCAACUUCUUAGGAACCAACAACGUGGAGUAAACUCUUGUGAGACUAUUAACAAUGGGAACAUGGAGCCUUUUCAAGAAGAUUCUUAUGACCAAGAAGAAGAAGUCAACUAUGUUGGUGCUCAAGGAUACUACCAAAACCGAGGGUACAACAACAACUUCAACAACAAUUUUAGAAACACUUCUAACCUUUCUUAUAGGAACCCAAAUGUGGAGAAUCCCCAAGAUCAGAAUUAUCCUCAGCAAGCUAACCGCUUUCAAGGCAACAACUUUGGUGGAAACAACAACAACAACUUUCUGCCGCGACCCCAAUUCAACAUAAAAAGCCGCCUUUCCAAUCCUGACCAGCCCAGGCGCCUACCUCUCAAGUCGAUGCCAACGUCGACAUUAAGAUGCAAGAACUCCUUGUUGAUUUUCAAAAUCAAUCAAGAGAGAUCAACUGAAGGAUGGACAACAUCUAUACCGAACUGA